AUGGGCGAGGACGGUCCGAGCCGCGACGAGAUCGACCGGUUCAUCCGCGAGAACGACGUCGACGACCGCGCGGCCAACGACCUGCGGGACUGCUCCGGGGAGAUCCAGCGCAAGGUGCUGGCGCGUGGUGAGCUCAGUACAGCACGGAACCCGUCCGCGGCCGUGCUCGCCCGCAUCCGCGACGCCCGCGCGGGCAGCAGCUUCUCCGGCGGCGGCGGUGGCCGCGAAGCACCUCGGAACAGCGCGGACGUAGAAGACUUCAUCAGGAGCAACGACGUUGACGAGAGCGCGGCAGACUCGCUGAGGAGCAGCAGCCCGGGGGUGCAGAGGCAGGUGCUGAGCCGGGGCGAGCUGAAGACCGCCAGGAACCCGUCGUCGGCCCUGCUGGCGCGCAUCCGGGACGCCAAGAUGGGAGGAGGCGGGGGCUCGUCCCUGGCGCCCCUGGGCGACAGCGGCAGCGGGAGCCUGGGCGCGCCGCCUUCGUCGAUGGCGGCCUUCGGCGGGCCUCCGCAUGCCUGUGCGCAGGUGCUUACCCCGGCUUUCCUGGAUACGGCAUGUACGGCGCCACUCCGCAGGGAACCCCAGCUGGCUACCCAGCAGGACAGCAUUCCAGUGCCGCAGUGCUACGGCGCGUACGGCUACCCGGGCAUGCAGGGCUACGCCCCCCCCAGCCAGGACGGCACCUCGCCGCCAGGAUACCCCGGUUAUCCCGGCAUGCAGGGCAUGCAGGGCAUGCAGGGCAUGCAGGGCAUGCCGGGCAUGCCGGGCAUGCCCAGCUACCCAGCAGUGACGGCCGGCGCCGAUCGUUCCGCGCGCGCGGGGCCCGCAGGCGCCGCCCCGCCGGCCGCCGCUGGGGGGCGCGGCAGGAGCCCCAGCAGCAGCUACAGCCGCAGCAGGAGCCGCGACCGCCGCCGCGGGGGCGGCCGCCGGCGGAGGUGAAGUCCUCCCUUGGGAGCGCCGGCGCGGCCCCGUCCCCUGGCAGGCCCGGCGAGGGCCCCCAGCUGGGCCGACAAGAAUGGCGACAAGCCGCCCGCCACCAGUCUCGCAGGACUCGCGGGG